AUGAUUGAAACAAAUACUCGAUUCUUUAGCGAGAUCCAGCUUUUUAUAAGUAUUGUCUUUAGAAAACUACACCAUAAUGGACGACGAACGGACGAAAAGUCAGGUGCAUUUGAUAGUGCUGUAACAGCACCAGUACCAGGAGCACUGGUUCCAGUUUUACCAGUUUCAACUAUUUCUACUUUCACAAUUGAUCCUGAUGAUCAACCGUCUGAUUCUAGUGAUCAACAAUCAUGCAUUUCAAUUACACCAAAUGAAAAUUCAACCAAAAAAAACGCAACAACAGUAUCACAUGAUAUUGAUAGUCUGGUUCAACAAAGUAAAGUAUUACGUGAUAAAAUUAUUGGAUUACAAGAAGAAUUCUUAUAUCAACUACAAACAUCAAUUCGUAAGUACAAUCAUAUUUUUCAUGCCUUUUUCUCUAUCGACUCAUGCGUAGCAAACAACUUGCCUUACAGUUAUCAUUCGGUUACACAGAUAUUUCACCAUAUUUGUAUUCUUAAGGAGAUCCUUUAAUGAACUCAUAUGAAAAAUCUAUGCUUCGAUCAAACUUUUCUUAAGAGUAUAUACGAACUAAAGAUGUGCUAUUUGAGCUUUUCCAAAUGAAGAAUCAUACAAAUACUUAAAAUCAAUUUAUUCAAUGUACGAACAUACUCAUUUCGAACAAAACAGAAAGCUAAAAGAUGUAUGAUAGAAUGUUUUCUUUGACGUGAAACUAUUUCUAUAUGGCAAGUAUGUAAUAUCAAAUUUUUCCGAGCAACGCCGGUUACUUC